AUGAAGUUGUUGGAAAAUUCGCAUUUUGAAGCUGUGAAUUCCCAGCUGUGUGUGGAGACAGGCGACUCACACAUCAUAGGGAGGAUUGAGAGCUACUCGUGUAAAAUGGCUGGCGAUGACAAGCACAUGUUCAAGCAGUUCUGUCAGGAAGGCCAGCCACAUGUGCUGGAAGCGUUGUCACCCCCACAGAGCGGUGGAGUCAGUCCCAGCAGGCUGGGGAAGAGUCUCGGUGGGGAUGAAGAUGGACCUCUCAGUGAUAAGUGCAGCCGGAAGACUCUCUUCUAUCUUAUCGCCACUCUAAAUGAAUCCUUCCGGCCGGAUUACGACUUUAGUGCAGCUCGGAGCCAUGAAUUCAGCCGAGAGCCCAGCCUGAACUGGGUGGUGAAUGCUGUGAAUAGCAGUCUGGUGUCUGCUCUGGGGGAAGACUUCACUGCUCUGAAAUCUGAUUUAUGGGAUGCUGUGGAUGAAGAAAUCAACCUGUCAGAAUGUGACAUCUACAGUUACAAUCCAGAUCUGGACUCGGAUCCGUUCGGUGAAGAUGGAAGUUUGUGGUCAUUUAACUAUUUCUUCUACAACAAGAAGCUGAAAAGAAUUGUCUUCUUUACCUGCCGCUCCAUCAGUGGAUAUUCCUAUAAGCGGGCUGACAUUGGUUCGGAGUUGGAUAUGGAUCUGGAGGAGGACUUGGAGGAUGAGUGCAGCCACCUUGGAGGAGACCGGUAA